AUGGCCUACCCGCCUUCUGAGUCCGGGAGUGCCUCCCGACCUGCGUCUGGCACCACGUCCACCUCGCAGAGACCAAGAUCUCGAGCACCGAGUAUUUCGAGCGACCGCCCAUCCACGACCACCGUCGGCCUCGGCCUGAUGUCGCCGCCCUUGUCCAUCUCGCCCGACGCGGCUUUCAUUGCUGCAUCUGCCGCUUCACAAAUUGUCACCAGCGACCAUGACAAUCACGCCAACACGUGGUAUGACCAGCACGGCAUCGAGCCGUCGGGUGAGACGGCCCUCGUGUCCAACGCCGCCCUGCUGCUCGUCAACAACUUUUUGGACCAGCUGCUUUUCAACUUCUUGUCGAUCGCCCGCUCGACAUCUCUUACGGCGCUUCGUCCAGCUGUGACCGAGGUUCUGAAGCCUAAGCUUGCCAAGGAUGCCAUCAACCAGGCCGACGAAGAGCUCAGGGAGUACCUUGGCGGCGGUGACGACGAAGAUAUGCUCCAGUCACAGACCCCCGACUCACCAAAGGAUUGGGAUCUGGAACUGGUAUGGAAGCGCACACGCCUUCGCUGCAUGGUGUACUCCUCGCUUGGCGACAUGGAAGAGGAAGACGAAGACUUUUACAUGGAGCAGGAGCACCUCGACGGGGGCGACGAAUCCCUCGGCGAGACCGUGUCGCCGGCUGUCGCUAUUUUCCUCACUUCCAUCCUCGAGUUCAUGGGCGAGCAGGCUCUGACCUCGGCUGGCCAGGCCGCCUACCACCGCAUGCGCUUCAUCUUUGAGAAGGAACAAAAGACUGCCGGUGCCGCCAGUGGCCGUGCCCCUGUCGCCGAACGCAUAACAGUCGAAGAGGUUGACAUGGACCGCGUGGCCUUUGACCGCACGAUUGGCCGGCUCUGGAGAGCCUGGAAGAAGCGGAUACGGUCCCCCUUCACUGAUGUCCAUGCCUUCCAGCAGCGAUCCAUUCCGUAUGAGCUGGGCCGACCGAGCCCCCACGCUCGCCAACCCAGCCAAGAUGGUUCUGUCGUUGCGGGAACGAUCUCCGAAGCGGGCGAACACGGCGACGAUGCCUCUGCGCACAAUGAUCGGAACGAGAGCACAGAGGAGGCUGCCGAGAAAUCUGCCCAGGAGGAGGAGGAGGAGGAGGAGGAGGAGCAGGACGACAGUGACAAGCCAGAGGGUGAGCCCGGCCUCGAGCGGGACGAACAGGAGUGGCUCAGCCUGGCUCUUUCUGUCCCUCUGCCUCUCAACGAGAGAGAUGUUACCGAGAUCCUACUUCCCGGCCUGGGCUACUACAGCGACGACGAAGAGCUUGACGGCGUUGACGAGCACGAUGCUUUUGGUCGGAGGCAGAAGAAGGUGAUUGAUGAUCCGAGCCGGCCGAAGAGUCUGAUGGUCUUUUCCCAUGCCGUCAUGGCCGGCCUCCCUACUCCAACACUGUCAGAACCUCGCACACCUGAAAUGCCCUACUCUCGCAAGCGAGCCAACUCUCUCCCCACGCCGUCCACAUCGCCAUUCGCCUCGCCCUCUGCCAAACGUGUUAAGCCGUCAGAGGCUGAUGAGGAAGUCCAGCCUGAAGGCGAAGGAGAGACCGAGGAGGAAUAUGCUUCCGCUCCCGAAGCCGCUGACCAUGAGGCUGAGUCUGAUGAUUCACUGGCCGAGACUGUCGACGACGAGGCCGAUACCGCGGUCGCGCCCAAGGCAGUUGUUGCCAAGCAAAAGAAGAGACCCUCCUUCCCUCCCCCUCUCCAGACGACAAUCAUUGGUGCAGCCAUUACCACAUCCACUGCGCGCGCUGUCCCCGUGUCCUCGAUGGCCACCGAGAAUGUCUCCGGCCGCGACGACGGCGAGGAGGAGUUUGACGAGUUCACUGAAGAGCCGGAGAUUCUGACCUCGUCUCGUGUUUCCAUUUCCGGCCGCAGCAACUCGCCAUCGACUUCCGAGCAUGGUCGCCCCGUGUCCAUGAGCCCGAGCCUGCCCGCCCGCUCCCCGAGCGUGCACUCGCCCCGUGUUAUCGAUGUUGCUGGGCCACGCAGCCCUGUUACGCGGUCGCGCAACGGAUCAAUUGACAUUGUUAAUGACACUGUCGCUCCGUCUCGCGCCAGCAACACGUCUCGGACCAGCAGCAUUUCGGUGCGCGCUAUUGCCGAGGAGGGCAACGUGCGCUCCGUUGAGCAGGCUACGUCGCACCCCAGGGUAUCGUUGACGAGCGCAAAGAUGGCCCGAUCGCACACGAGCGAGUCCAUCUCCGAGGCAGAGGAAAUGUUGGCAACGAAUGGCCAAAGCACAUCCCGCCCAAGUGAGCCCAAGCCCGUACCGACGAAGGCGCCGGUCCCAUCCCCUCAGUCUUCCGCUCGCCCCACCGCGUCCCCAUCUCCUUCCCAGCAAUCGAUGCGCCCGCCCCCGCCCCCGACAACGACUGCGCCCACCAAGGUCACCAUACUCAGCUCCGCUGCCUCGCCCGGGACUUUCUACGUCGACGACAAGCCGGAGGUGCCUGCUAAGACGCAGCCAGCCGAGCUUGUGCUUCCCGAACGUAGCGCAAAGCGUCAGGGUAUUUCCAACAUUUCGGCAAUGGCCGGCGCGGCUGCAGCCGCUGUUGCUGCCGGUGCUGUUGCGGCGGGUGCUGCUGCCUCUUCCAGCCACGCUCGCAGCCCUCUGCGGGAACAGCCUCCUUCGCCAUCCGGUCGUGAGCAGCAGGCGCGGUCCCAAGCCCAGGGUCAAGCACAGGUUCAGGCACAGGCUCAAGCACAGGCACAUACCCGUGCGGACGCCCAGCUGCGUGCAGAGGCAGAGGCCGCUGGCCGGAAGCAGAGUGUGGCGUCGUCCAUCUCGUCAUCGACGAGCAAGUUUAAGCAGCCAAAGAGAUCAUCGGAGGAGAGCACCGUCAUGCGCCCCGAGGAUGUCGCGCGCAACUUUGAGCAACUUAUCCAGAGCGACCAGACGAUCCAGUACACCCUGACACCCGAGAACAUGCGUGACAUGGAUUCUACUCGGUCAAUCCACGACGGCAGCUCCAUCGUGGUGAAGAGCCGGAAGAGCGAAGAUGCUCGCCAGACAAGCGACCGCUCGCGCUCGUCAUCACUCAACAACCGGGGCGAGGACAAGCGUUCAGCAUCCAUUUCUCGCUCCAGCACCUUUGAUACGACUCGAUCUAUCGACACCACCGCAACAGUCAAGCUGUCUGGCCCCGUUCCGCGGUCCCCGCGUAGCAUCGCACCUUCAGUCGGCUCGGUGCCAUUUAAGGCCCGUGGCCCUGGUCCGCAAGCCCGCGAGGCACGCGUUCCCCGAGAAUCGCUUGCUGAUUUCGCCGAGUUCAUCCGUGGCACUGGCCCUACUGGCGGAUCGGUUGUCACUCCUGCCUCGCGCAGCAGCACUAUGAAUGGCUCCGUGUCCAAUGCCACGCGAGCCCUCCACAGUACUGCAGGCAUGUCCAAGACGAGCAUCGAGUCCGGUAGGGCCUCCACGGUUAGUAACCGCCCACGGUAUCAGGCACGCGAGGCAGUUGUCGACAAGGACGAUAACUCCGACCUUAUCGACUUUAUCCGCCGCGGCCCGCCCAGUGCGAUGGGUGGAAGCAACAACCCGCGCAUCCCUAGAACUGUGGCGCCCUUCCGCACCACCAUGGACUCCGACCAAAUGUCCGGCGCUGUUGGCGGCCGCGCGAUCGACGCGAACCUUCCCAACCUUCGCUACAGUGCGGCAUCGACGAGUGUGACGGAGAGCUCGAUGGGUUCGUCUGCUGGCCUGCUGAAGAAGGACAAGCAGCCGUCGCCGAGAAUCGGCGCAAGCCAGAGCGCCAACAACAUCUUUGAUGGGCCUGACGCCAUGCCCAUGCCGAAGCGCAAGACGCGCCGUGUCAAGGACCCCUACGCAAUCGACCUCAGCGACGAGGACGACGAAUUCGACGCGGUGCUCCCGGCAUCCGGUAGCGGCCGGCGGCCGGCCCCUGCUGCCAAAGAGGAAAGCCUUUUGGACUUUUUGAACAGCGUUCCGCCUCCGGCUGAUACAGACCCUGUUUUGUUUGACAUUCCGCAGACGCGCAGCCGGCAGCCGCCGCCUGUCCCGAAAAAGAAGGCGAGCGCACCGAGCUUGAUGUCGCGGUUCGUACGCAACAACAGCGUCAGCGGCAAUUCAAGCUCUCGUGGCCUGGGGAGCAGCAGCGGGUCCUACGGCGGGUUUGGCGGUUUUGAUUCUCGGUCGCUUAUCAGCCGUGCUGGCUCAACCAUGACCGGCCGCAGUCGCAACCAUAUCCCGAUCCAGGUCAACAUCCCCCCUGGCCUCGACAAGUACGGUACGACGUCAGCGGCGGCGCCGCCGUCGGGCAUGAACGGCGGCAAUCGCCCGGCUGCUGCUUCGAGUGGCAGCGGCCGUGUGCCCAUGAAGAAGUUUGAGCCUCGAGAAGCCCAGCCGACUGCCUCGCGGGCCACCCAGGACCUGGCUGACUUUUUCCGCAACUCGGGGCCGCCGCAGUCGUUCCGGGGGUAA